ACAUUUUAAUUACUUGUAUGAUUGAUUGUCUAAAUUCAAGUAAAAUUUGGGUAUAGUGGGUAUGUACAACCAAAACCAGCAACUACUUCACUCCAUCUAGAUAUCUAUCAGCCUGCUGUUUAGUACGGUAGUAUGCAUUUAGUAUGUAGUUUUGAACAUAUCCUGCAAUAAGUCAAAUUUCAUUCUCAAAUAAUGUUAUUGACAGCUCUUUGUUCUUUGCUCUUUUGAAAUAAUCAGUAGACAUAUUGUAAUGUAUUAAUGUAAAUGAAAAGUUACUAAUGUUGAUCAGAACUCAAUUUCAGAUGCCUCAAUUCCUCAGUUUAUACAAGGAUUUAUGAAAUUACGAGAUACUAGAUAUAUGGAUGUACCAGAGGCGGCAGCUCUGCUGAAAGCCAGUCAGAUGGGAAGAUUUUGGCAGUUCAAACAAACUCUCAUUAAGCCUUGAGUUUUUGUCAAUCUGACUUUAGUAAAGAAUACCGGUUUAGUAAACGCAGGCCGUGAGGAGGAGAGAAGGAAGCUGUAGGAGACUGACACGCCUGGAGGAGCAAGUCUGAUAGAGGUUGGUAAUCAAGAAGUGUGUGUUGGAGUUGUAUACAUUUUAAGUUAAAAUGAAUACAAAAUUUGAUAACAUAGGUUUAUUACUCAAUCAAGGCAUCAAUCGGAUGAUUUUAUGACCUUUUUUCCAUACAUUUUUGAUUAUUCUCCUCUGACUGCUUAUAGAGUGGAUAUCUUCUCUAGUUACAGAAAAGUAAUUUUCUUAAUAUACCUUUAUGAAAAUAAUUUUUUUUAGAACGUUAAUAAUUAAUAUCACCAUGAAAAUCUGUCACCUAGGAGCAUAACAACAGAGCUAAAUAACAUUGUUUCUGUACCAUCUGAAAUAAUAGCAAUCUAUAGUCUAUGGGUGAAUUUAUUUAAGAAAUGAAACUUAUCACCAAAUAGCCACUUUUUGUCGAUAGUGCUAGUCCGAUAAUCCGUGACAAACAGAAAUUCUGGGAUCAUUAAAAAUGAUAUUUGGUAUGGCGGACAGCGGACACGUGGAAGCUGCCAAACAAGUAAAUGCUUUUAAAAUGUUGAGCUUGGCUUCCUAACGCCAUUGUGGCUUUAGCGGUGAUUGGCUAGAGAAGCGGUGGGUGUGGUUUUGAGUGACGCCAUAGGACACGCCCCCGUGUGGGAUUCCCAGAAGGGAAGAGCAGCCCGGCUUCAGUGCUGAGCAUCUGAACCUGCACCGCGGAGACAGACAGAGAGAGAGAGAGAGAGAGAGAGAGAGAGAGAGGAAGAUGACAGCUAGCACGCGAUACAGGAGCCGGCUCAUUAAAAGCGAGGAUAGCGAGGAUAAGCAGUAUGUUGGCUUUGCGACACUCCCAAACCAGGUCCACAGGAAGUCUGUCAAGAAAGGCUUUGAUUUCACACUCAUGGUAGCAGGUGAAUCUGGCUUGGGCAAGUCUACUCUAGUAAAUAGCCUUUUCCUCACAGACCUCUACAAGGACAGAAAACUACUAAAUGCAGAAGAGCGUAUUAAUCAGACAGUGGAGAUCACCAAACACACGGUGGAUAUUGAGGAGAAGGGUGUCAAACUCAAACUCACCAUUGUGGACACACCAGGGUUUGGAGAUGCUGUAAACAAUAAUGAGUGUUGGAAGCCCAUCACUGACUACAUUGAUCAGCAAUUUGAGCAAUAUUUCAGGGAUGAAAGUGGACUCAACAGGAAGAACAUACUGGAUAACCGAGUGCACUGCUGUCUUUAUUUCAUACCACCCUUUGGACAUGGUUUGAGACCGGUGGAUGUGGAGUUCAUGAAAGCGCUGCAUGAGAAAGUGAACAUUAUUCCUCUCAUUGCCAAAGCAGACUGUCUCACUCCAAGUGAGAUAAAGAAGCUAAAGGACCGGGUACGAGAUGAGAUUGAGCGCUUUGGGAUUAAAGUGUACCAGUUUCCUGAGUGUGACUCUGAUGAGGAUGAGGAGUUUAAACAGAUGGACAAAGAGCUGAAGGAGUGUACUCCCUUUGCCGUUAUUGGUAGUAAUACAGUGGUGGAAGCAAGAGGUCAAAGAGUGCGAGGUCGCCUCUACCCUUGGGGCAUUGUCGAAGUGGAGAACCAGUCCCACUGUGACUUUGUGAAGUUGAGGAAUAUCCUGAUUCGCUCUCACAUGCACGACCUGAAAGAUGUGACCUGCGAUGUACACUAUGAGAACUACAGAGCUCAGUGUAUACAGGAGAUGACCAGUAAACUUGCACAGGACAACCGCAUGGACAGCCCUAUUCCCAUUCUGCCGCUGCCUACUCCAGACGCCGAAACAGAGCGACUCAUCAAGAUGAAGGACGAGGAGCUGAAGAAGAUGCAGGAGAUGCUGCAGAAGAUGCAGCAACAGAUGCAUGAGAAAGACCAGUGAUGAUCACACACACAUAUAUGCAAACAUGCACUUACAGAGAAAUGUACACUUCACAUCUUAUUCUGUAUUUGGUCACAUGAGUGAUAAUACAAAUGGUCAUGUAUGUAUUCUCACUACAGCGUAUCCUUCAGACAGUGACACGUUUCGUGACAGACUAUACUGUAUAUUUGCAAAGCAGUUUGCUUGGUGCUUUGGAGCGCUUGCAUACCAAGUACAAAUGUGAAGCAUCUAUUGAAUAUUUCUUGUGAUCAUGCCCAUGUGAGUAUAGCUAACGUUGGUAAUAUUAUGUAUACUUAAUUUAAAAUCAGACCUACGUUUAGAUGUAUCUAAUUUAUAUGUACUUAAUUUUAAUGCUUAGCUACAAUGUGCAUAAAUUGUUUUGUAAUGCCCUUUUAGCACCAAGUGUUGGUUUGAAUCUGGGCGCUGAAUCGGGGUGUGUGUGUGUGUGUGUGUGUGUGUGUGUGAUGUGUAAAUGAGUGUGUAUGUGAAACUAUAUGUUUUCUUUAACUGCAAACCGGGAUUUUAUAGCGCUAGCUCUCAGUGAGUGUGGAGUUACCAUGCAGGUUACUGUUAUAAAUAAAUAUGCUUAA